CGUAAGCGCGCGUUCUUCGAUGCAUGUGUGAUGCAAGUUGUUCGAAACGAGAUCACGACCUACAUUUCACCGAAUGGAUUGACUCCCACAUCGCCAUCCCGCUGUAAGCCACCCUUCUUCCCACGACGCCGAACCAUCCCCUCGGAGCGUGCAUCUGGCCCCAUCUCCUUGUCCUACCCGCAAGCCCCAUCGAGUCGAGUCUGAAGAGCAGAGGGGGGAACGAAGCAACACCACACCCGACAUUGGCGCAGCAGAGCGCGACCGCCGCGCGGAGCGGGCUCACCAACGCGCCAAGCGAAGAUGGGAGGCGCGCUGUCCGUCUUCUCGCGCCUCAUCUGGGCGAAGAAGGAGAUCCGCAUCCUCAUCCUCGGCCUCGACAACGCCGGCAAGACGACGCUGCUGUACCGGCUGAAGAUCGGCGAGGUCGUCACCACCAUCCCCACCAUCGGCUUCAACGUCGAGAGCGUGACCUACAAGAACUUGCACUUUAACGUGUGGGACUUGGGCGGCCAGACGUCCAUCCGCCCCUACUGGCGGUGUUACUACGCCAACACCGCCGCUGUCAUUUUUGUCAUCGACAGCACGGAUAUCGACCGCUUGGAAAUGGCCGCGGGGGAGCUCAAGGCGAUGCUGAACGAAGAGGAACUGCGAGACGCGGCGUUGCUCGUCUUCGCCAACAAGCAAGAUCAACCGGGGGCUAAAGGCGCAGGGGUCAUCAGCGAGGCGCUGAAAUUGGGGGAACUAAAGGACAGGAAUUGGAGUAUUAUGGCAUGUUCAGCGAUAGACGGAAGAGGCGUCAAUGAGGGCAUGGACUGGCUUGUGCAAACGGUUGGGGAAACGACAUAGCGGCAUUCUUCGAGGAUAUUUACCUGAGUCUACCUCGGCAUCCGACCGACGCAUGAUAUG